AUGGGGGUUGCAGUGGAACGCGGGCAAAAUCAUAGACGAACAGGGUUAACAAUUGACUAUACACGAUUAUUGCUGUUUCCUCUUUCUGCUGCCUGCCACUGCUUGAUUGCCCAACACCACCGCCGCGGUGGCGCUCCGUUGCUCGCCAACAGUCAUCCUACCACCGUGUCGGUGUCAGCGGUGGCAACAAUACAGGGUUUUGAGGCGGAUCAACUACGUUUAUAUGUUGCAAUUGGUUCAUGA